AUGAGACAAUGGAUUGAUUUGAGACAAGCUUCUAAUCUAAUGACUGCUUUCCGAGAUGCAGAUAAUAUUGGUGUCGCCCUUGUUUUUAAUAUCAUCAGUAAUAAGAAAAAACUAGGUCUGAUUGUUCCCAAUUGUCGUGGUAUAAACCCAGACAGACAGCUUGUUACCCACUUGAAUAGUCCUCGAGGCGACUCGGUACUCUUGUCCAGCAAGAUCAGUGCCUUUGACCCUCCGGAUGCUGCUUUUCCGGUGCUUCCUCGCUCCGCUCGCGUUGACCCCAGCCUCUACAGUGCACGCUUAUUCAAGCCUUAUGGUGUGUUUUCUUUACCAGCCACUGGUGCUGCAACCACCAUCUAUGCUGUUGAGGCAGAUGGUGACCCAAAUACUGGGUUUGAAAAGUCAAAGGAGCUAGGAGAAGUACAGUAUCUUAUUAAAUGGAAAGGUUGGUCACACAUCCAUAAUACUUGGGAAACUGAAGAAACACUAAAGCAACAAAAUGUUAAAGGAAUGAAGAAACUGGACAUCUAUAAGAAAAAGGAUCUGGAAACAAAACGCUGGCUGAAAAAUGCUUCUCCAGAAGACGUGGAAUAUUAUAACUGCCAGCAGGAACUUACAGAUGAUCUACAUAAACAGUAUCAAAUAGUGGAAAGGAUAAUUGCUCAUUCAAAUCAGAAAUCAGAAGCUGGUUAUCCAGAUUACUAUUGCAAAUGGCAGGGUCUGCCUUACUCAGAAUGUAGCUGGGAAGAUGGUGCUCUCAUUGCCAAAAAAUUUCAGAUGUGUAUUGAUGAGUAUUUUAGCAGAAAUCUAUCCAAGACUACUCCAUUUAAGGACUUCAAGAUUCUAAAACAGAGGCCAAGGUUUGCUGCACUAAAGAAGCAACCAUCUUAUAUUGGAGGACAUGAGAGUUUAGAGUUAAGAGAUUAUCAGUUAAAUGGACUAAACUGGCUUGCUCAUUCAUGGUGCAAAGGGAAUAGUUGUAUUCUUGCAGAUGAAAUGGGUCUGGGUAAAACAGUACAAACAAUUUCUUUUCUGAACUACCUGUUUCACGAACACCAACUGUAUGGGCCUUUCUUGCUAGUCGUGCCACUUUCUACCUUGACAUCUUGGCAAAGAGAGAUUCAAACUUGGGCUCCUCAGAUGAAUGCUGUUGUUUACUUAGGAGAUAUAAUUAGCAGAAAUAUGAUAAGAACUCAUGAAUGGAUGCAUCCACAGACAAAACGAUUAAAAUUUAAUAUACUUCUAACAACUUAUGAAAUUUUGCUGAAGGAUAAGUCAUUCCUUGGUGGUCUGAAUUGGGUAUUUAUAGGAGUUGACGAAGCUCAUCGUUUAAAAAAUGAUGAUUCCCUUCUGUAUAAGACUUUAAUAGACUUUAAGUCUAAUCAUCGUCUUCUUAUUACUGGAACCCCUCUACAAAACUCCCUCAGAGAGCUUUGGUCUUUGCUGCACUUCAUCAUGCCAGAAAAGUUUUCUUCCUGGGAAGAUUUUGAAGAGGAGCAUGGCAAAGGGAGAGAGUUUGGUUAUGCAAGUCUUCACAGAGAACUUGAACCAUUUCUACUCAGAAGAGUUAAAAAAGAUGUAGAAAAAUCUUUACCUGCCAAGGUUGAACAGAUUUUGAGGGUGGAAAUGAGUGCAUUACAGAAGCAAUAUUACAAGUGGAUUUUAACCAGGAAUUAUAAAGCCCUGAGUAAAGGUUCAAAAGGCAGUACCUCAGGAUUUUUGAACAUCAUGAUGGAACUCAAGAAGUGUUGUAACCAUUGCUACCUCAUUAAAACACCUGAUGAUAAUGAAUUCUGUAAUAAACAGGAGGCCUUACAGGUAAUACCUUUAAAAAAAACUUUUAAUAUGCAUGCAGUAAUAUUAUAAUUGAUGCAGUUUAUAACAACAUAAAUGUUUCUAAAG